CUCUCUCUCUCUCUCUCUCUCUCACUGUUGGUGCUCUGCUCUGCACAGCUCCUUUACUCAUUCGCUGCUGAUUCACGCGCUCCCUCGCUUGCCUCUCCUCUGCCAGUCGCUCUGCCUUGUUGUGUUCUGCCUGCCUGCCUGAGAAUGGUCCAGCUGGUGCCUAAGGGUCUGCUGUCGCGGCCUGUCUGAGCACACGCAUAAACAUACAGAGCCAGUCGACACGCGGAUGCCCACGCACACUAACUGGAGAGCUAUGUGAGAGAGGAAGUGCCUUCCCUGAUGUCUGCUGCAGCUUUGACCUGCUUCUACAGCUGAAGCUCCACCCUCCCCCCCUUGCUCGCUCGCUUGCUGCCACAGUAAUACGAAUAAAAGGACAGCAGCCACACCCUUCUCGCUGCCUACGCUCCGACCCAGACGUCCUCGCUCCACCGUCGCCAUUCACUGCACCCAGCUGGGCCCCAGCCACAGCUUUCCUCACCGGACGGCCGCUGCUGCUCACCACCAGCUGACCAGCCUUACCCCUGCAGCCCAGCACACCACCGGGCCCACACAGCAUCUCACACACCUUGCCUUUCACCUUCGCCUUUGACCCUUGAAGCCUGCGCUCAGUCCUCAGUGUCCUUAACCUUUCUGAAGCAGACUAUACCCAGACUGUCACCUUGGUUGCCUGCUUCACCACACCUAACCAGAGGGCUCUCUGUUGUAGAUGAGAGUAAGCAAUAAACAGGUUGAAAGACACGUCAAGACAAAACGGACAACUUGUUUGGUUAAGUUUUUUUUUUCUGGAUUAAGUAACAAGAGUUUGAUCAGGAAAAUGACUCAUUAGCAUCUACAGCAAACAUUGUCCUACAACAUUUCACUUUUCAAAAGGAGCUCUCUCAAUCUACUGAAACUUGUUUUUUUUUUUAUGUUCUAUUUCAUCAUAUCAUAGACAAUAACGACAACAACAGAAAAAUAAUCAAAAAGGACUCUGAAGUUGUGGAAUAAAACACUAUAAGUACUAAAUUCACAAUUGAACACAUCUCUUCGAGGGAUACUUUUGCUAAAGCGUUGCCAUGGCAAUGAACAUAGCACAUAUCCGUGACACAAAGUGGCUGACACUGGAAGUAUGCCGGGAGUUUCAGAGGGGCACCUGCUCGCGCUCCGACCAGGAGUGCAAGUUUGCUCAUCCAGCUAAAAGCUGCCAGGUGGACAACGGGCGGGUGAUCGCAUGCUUCGACUCGCUAAAGGGCCGUUGUUCCAGGGAGAACUGCAAGUACCUGCACCCCCCUCCCCAUCUAAAGACCCAGCUAGAGAUCAAUGGCAGGAACAAUCUGAUCCAGCAGAAGAAUAUGGCCAUGCUGGCCCAGCAGAUGCAGCUCGCCAAUGCAAUGAUGCCCGGCACACAGCUACCCCCUAUGUCUAUAUUCCCGGUGACGCCAGGCCUGGCUACUAACGCCAGCGCAGCAGCAGCUGCUGCAGCUGCAGCCUUUAAUCCCUACCUGAGCCCCAUGUCUCCGAGCUUGAUGCCUCCGGAGAUCCUGCCCAGCACCCCUGUCCUCAUGGCCUCCAGCCCCACCGUCAGCCAGGUCCCCAACGCUGCUGCAGCUCAGAAGCUGCUGAGAACAGACAGACUUGAGGUAUGUCGGGAGUACCAGAGAGGAAACUGUGCUCGGGGCGAAGGCGAGUGUCGCUUCGCUCACCCUGCUGACAGCACCAUGAUCGACACCAACGACAACACGGUCACCGUAUGCAUGGACUACAUCAAGGGUCGGUGCUCCAGGGAAAAGUGCAAGUACUUUCACCCUCCGGCACAUCUGCAGGCCAAAAUUAAGGCCACCCAGCAUCAGGUGAACCAGGCCACAGCAGCCGCAGCCAUGGUGAGCAGCUUUUAUUAGUCAGGUCACUCAUUUAAA